AUGGCAUCUUCAAUGAACAAAUUUAUCGGCAAUCAAUCAAAUAAAGAUGAAGAAACAUAUCAACUUCUCGAACAAUUUGAUCACAUUCUUAAACGAUCUGAAACAGAUAUCGGUUCAAAUAAGCCAUGUUUGGCUAAAUCUACAGCUAAACAAGCAAAAGAAUAUUUUUCAAAUAUAGAUCGUUAUCGUAUUAUAUUUAAAUAUGAUUUAAUAAAAGAUGAUAUAGCUAUACAAUUAGCUUUUAAUAGUUCAUUAAGUGAGGAUCGAAAAGAUUUGAUUAAAUGGCAUACAGAAGAUAUUAAACAACAACGUGAACAGAAUUUACCAAUCGAUUAUUUAUAUAAAAAAAAGAUACAAAACAAAUUAAUUUAA